CCCGACCCGCGAUAGGGCGGAAGGCCGAGAUUGGAGCAUUAAGUUAGUCACGCCUCGCGCUCGAUCGAGAAUGUUUGCGGCUCGUCUUCGAUCGGAAGCUUAGGCGCAGUCGUACCGAAGUGGUAUCGAAGGAGUGGCAAGAUGUCGAAACGAGGUCGUGGAGGGGCGUCGGGGAAUAAAUUUCGCAUGUCAUUGGGUCUACCUGUUGGCGCUGUGGUCAAUUGUGCCGACAACACGGGAGCCAAGAACUUGUAUGUCAUCUCCGUAAAGGGAGUGAAGGGUCGCCUCAACAGGCUUCCUGCUGCUGCUGUGGGUGAUAUGGUCAUGGCCACUGUGAAAAAGGGAAAACCAGACCUGAGGAAGAAGGUCAUGCCUGCCGUGAUUGUUCGCCAGCGCAAGCCGUGGCGCCGCAAAGAUGGAGUUUUCAUGUACUUUGAAGACAACGCCGGAGUAAUUGUUAAUCCCAAGGGAGAGAUGAAAGGAUCUGCCAUCACUGGACCUAUUGGAAAGGAAUGCGCAGAUUUAUGGCCCAGGAUAGCUAGCGCCGCCAACGCAAUAGUAUAGAAAUAUGUAGUGAAGGGAAUUAAUUGCACUGCCCUUUAUCUGGGCUGCGUAGAACCUUGGCAUCUUUAUAGUUGGAAGUAGAGCUAGCCGCGAGGAAAAUUGGCUUUCUUCAGCCAACGCAUGCAAUUCAACUUGGGAAUUCGUCUUUUAAUUGAAGAAAAUAAUGUAGCUGCAGGUCUGUACAUUGUGUUUUUUAAAUAUUGAGAAAUUCAAUGCAAAUGGCACUUGUCAUGAACGCAUGUGUCACCGUUUUGG